AUGCCUCAUCUCUCGCCUACCGAGACUCCAGCCAUGUCGAUUGCUGUGUCAAAGACGCCCUCGUCGGUUCCUCCCACCGCGGAGGACGUAGCAUCCAUCCUCAACACCAUAUUCUCUGCAAAAACCUCGCAGGAGUCGCUGGACGCUUCUUAUGCCCUCACGAACCUCUUAAUCAACUCCGUCGGAUACCGCGGAAUUCUGACCUACAACAUCCUGCCGCAAAUCAAGAAAGCCGCUGCCGAUAAGAAAGAUGGGUCGAAGAGAGAAAGUGCCAUGCUUAUCCUCGGUGCCCUUUUCGAACAGUUCCCCCCCAAAGACGCUCUCAGCGAGGUUGUCUUCCUGAUUCAAGACGGCGGUGUUUUGAGCAUUGCUUUGGACGCGCUUUCCGACAAGGGCGCCGUUGUACGAGAUGCCGCUCAGUAUGCUAUAGACGCGCUCUUCGCCUGCCUCAAGGUUGAAUCACUCGUCAACGCUCUCCUCCCAGCCGUGCUCCGUUACUUGAGCAAAAAUACUGCAAAGUGGCAGGGUGCGGUAGGCGCAUACGCUAUUUUGGAGAAAAUGGCCAAUAAAGCGAAGAUGGGCACCGGAACUAAAGAGGAAGAACGACAGAAGGAUCUUCUCCGUGAGGCUAUGGGCAACACUUUGAAAGAGGUUAUUCCUGUCGUGGAGUCCGGAAUGCACGAUUUGAAGAACGAAGUCUGCAAACAAGCAGUCAAGACAAUGACCGCCGUCACUACGCUCAUCACCAACGAAGACGUUAUCCCCAGGAUCCCCCUGCUUAUCAAUGCGAUGGAGAAGCCUUCGACUGAAAGCCUGCAGAAAACGAUACAUGCUCUUUCCCAAACCACUUUCGUUGCCAUUGUCACCUCCCCUGUCCUAGCACUGUUGACUCCUCUUCUUGAGCGGUCUCUCAAUACCCCGACAACUUCGCAGGAAGUGCUUCGCCAAACUGUCGUUGUAGUUGAGAAUCUGACCAAACUGGUUCACGAUCCUACAGAAGCUAGGACUUUCCUUCCCAAGCUCAAGCCUGGUGUUCAAGGCGUGAAGGAUCGCGCCUCGCUCCCUGAAGUGCGUGAAUUGGCUGAGAGAGCUUUGAGCGUGAUCAAACAAGCCAUGGGUGAUGACAACGGAAAUGUGGCUGACGGAGCUGUUGUUAAGACAAGCCCGGAAGAUGUGCUCAAGGUGCUAGAUGCGAAGAUUGUUGCUCACGGCGGGCCAGCGGAGCCUGGUCAAGUAGCCUUCUUUGACCUUGUCAAAUCAUACAUUGCCGACAUGGUUCGCGAAGAUGUUAAUGUUAGAAUGCUCGAUCGCAUUUCGGCUUGUGUAGGACCAUAUCUACGCACUCUAGUCCAGGACGGACAGAAUGACGCCGUGGCUUCCGAAGUUGAAGCUUAUUUCGUCGAAGAAGAUCACCGAAAAUUCGGCGUGCCGGUGCAAGAAGACGACGGAGAGGUCGAAAUUGUAAACGCAGACUUUUCCCUCGCAUAUGGCGGUAUGCUUUUAUUAUCCCACACCAACCUUCGCCUUUUGAAAGGACAUCGCUAUGGCCUAUGUGGCCGCAAUGGUGCUGGUAAAUCCACCUUGAUGCGCAGUAUUGCAAAUGGAAAAUUAGAGGGCUUCCCGCCAAAGGAAGUUCUGCGGACAUGCUUCGUCGAGCACAACCAGGGUGAAAGUGCCGAGCUUAGCAUUCUCGAAUACUGUGCACACGAUCCUGAACUUCAGAAUGUCAGCAAGGAAGACAUCUCGGCUGUCUUAACCGAGUUUGGUUUCACCGCUGGGCCCGAAGGUCGUCAAUCACAGAAGGUCGGAUCGUUGUCCGGUGGUUGGAAGAUGAAGCUUGCUCUUGCUCGUGCUAUGCUGAUGAAGGCUGACGUUCUCCUGCUCGAUGAGCCCACUAACCAUCUCGACGUUGCCAAUGUUAAGUGGCUACAAGAAUACCUCAAAGCCCACACCGACAUCACUAGUUUGAUCGUUAGUCACGACUCCGGCUUCUUGGAUGAAGUCUGUACCGAUAUUUACCAUUACGAGAGCAAAAAGCUAGUGUGCUACAAAGGUAACCUUGCCGACUUUGUCAAGGUGAAGCCAGAGGGAAAGAGCUACUAUACUCUCUCAGCAUCCAACGUUCAAUUCAAGUUCCCACCACCCGGAAUUCUUACCGGCAUCAAGUCACAGACUAAGGCUAUUCUGCGCAUGACCAACUGCUCGUAUACCUAUCCCGGAGCCAGCAAGCCUUCUCUUCAAGAUGCUUCCAUAACACUGUCGCUAUCAUCUCGUACUGCUAUCAUUGGUGGCAAUGGUGCUGGAAAAUCAACCUUUAUUAAGAUGCUCACCGGUGAGACUGUGCCGCAGACUGGUCGAGUUGAAAAGCAUCCCAAUCUGCGUAUUGGAUACAUCAAGCAGCACGCGCUUGAGCACGUUGAAAUGCAUCUUGAGAAGACGCCCAACCAAUACCUACAAUGGCGAUAUGCCAAUGGUGACGACCGCGAGGUCUACCUCAAGCAGACUCGUAUUUUGACCGACGAAGAGAAAGAGCAAAUGGAAAAGCCUGUCGACCUUGGUGAUGGCAGAGGCCCGCGUCGCAUCGAAGCGCUUAUGGGUCGGCAGAAGUGGAAGAAAUCGUUCCAGUACGAGAUCAAAUGGGUUGGACUACUCCCGAAGUUCAAUACCAUGAUCUCUCGCGAGACAUUGACAGAGUUGGGUUUCUCCAAACUUGUUCAAGAAUUCGACGACCAUGAGGCAUCUCGUGAAGGUUUGGGUUACCGGGUUCUCGAACCCAAAGUUAUUGCCAAGCAUUUUGAGGAUGUCGGCCUGGACCCCGAAAUCGCCAACCACAACCAGAUCUCUGGAUUGUCCGGUGGUCAGAAAGUCAAGGUCGUCCUCGCAGGUGCCAUGUGGAACAACCCUCACUUGCUCGUGCUAGACGAACCGACCAAUUUCUUGGACCGCGACUCCCUCGGAGGUCUCGCCGUCGCCAUCCGCGACUACAAGGGUGGUGUAGUUAUGAUUUCCCACAACGAAGAAUUCGUCGGCGCUCUAUGUCCGGAGCAGAUCCACAUUGCUGACGGUCGUAUCACUCACCGAAGCAACACCGCAGUGGCCUUGGAUCGCUUUGAAGACAGCCAACCUGGCUCUCCAGCUCCCAAUAGCACUGUGGCCAGCACUGUGGCCAGCUCUGCGGUUUCCAGCGCUGCGCCAUCGGCCGUCAACUCCGGUGCAGAAGAUACCGGUGAAUUGAAGUUCAAGGCCAGGAAGAAGAAGAAGCUCACGCGUGCCCAGCUGAAAGAACGCGAGGCCCGCCGACGCCUUCGUCACAUCGAAUGGCUCAAUUCGCCCAAGGGCACACCUAAGCCUGUUGAUACAGACGACGAAGAAUAA